GUGAAACCAAUCCUCUGCUGCCACACUGCGUGAAACUGGGGGACAAGAAGCCGCUGAAUCCGGCUGAAUGUCCGUUGAAUAUCCAACUCCAUAACGUCCAACGUCCACCGUCCUACCAUAACUUUACCUAAGUCCGCCGUGUAAACCCUUCAGUAGCCUUGCUGUAGUCUGAGGAACAUAAACUUCAAGGCUAUAAUAGACCAGCUGACGUUGAUUCAAAAUGUCUUCUGAGACGAGGACUUUGGACAAUGUGAAAGACGUUAUUCUAUCAGCUCACAUGAACCUCUCACCAGCAGAAAAGGUGGAGUUCUACAACACGUGGUCAGAGAACUAUGACAAGGAUGUGUCUCUCCUGGACUACCGUGCGCCCCUUCUAGCAGCCAACCUGGUCUCCGCCCACUUCCCCGGGGAGCGGGGGGCGGCGUUGGUGCUGGACGUUGCGUGUGGGACGGGGCUGGUGGCUGCAGAGAUGAAGAAGCACGGGUUUGGACGUCUUGUUGGCCUUGACGGAAGCAAGGGUAUGCUCCAGCUGGCCACAAACACGGGGCUCUACGAAGACGUCAGGCAGUGCAUGCUGGGAGAAGACCAGCUACCGGUGACAUGGGCAGGCUCAUUUGAUGUGGUGUUAAUUGUUGGAGCGCUUAGCGAUGGUCAGGUUCCAGCUUGUAUUGCCAAAGAGCUGUGUAAGGCCACCAAACCAGGGGGCCUCGUCUGUAUGACCACCAGAAGCAACCGAGACAACUUGCUUUACAAAGCGUGUUUGGAGCAGCAGCUGAAGAUCAUGGAGGAAGAAGGUCUGUGGAGUUGUGUGACCACGACGGAGGUGGAGGAGUGGGAGAGAGCUGUGUCGGCGGAUGAGGAGGGCUACAUCGGCGGCUGUGUUUACAUAUACAGGGUCUCUGAUGUAAAGCCAUGAUGCAGCCCUAUGCUUUAAGAAACGAGGGCUGUUGAAACGAGUCGCCGAGUUUGCAUAUACGUUAUGCUGUACUGGGAAGAUAUCCUGCUGACACACAAAGGAAUUCCUGAUUGCGCCGUAAAAAGGACUCUGCGCAGCCAUACUGGUCUUAACAAUUUCAUGUUCAUUUUUAACAGUCUAGCAAUAUUCCGAUGAACUCAUUAACUCGUCAAACUCAGGAUUUCUGCAACCUCGGCAGGACAAUGACGUCAUUGGUCCGGGACUCACUUUAUCUACAAAUGUUCACGGACGCUUUAUUAGUCCCGACAGGAACAUUUUCAACUGACAAAAGUAAUCUUGUCGUUAAACUUUUAAACGGUCCUGUUAAGCUCCAAGUGCAUAUUAGCCUUCAGAUGUAGCUCCAAUGAUGACCAAGUCAUUGCAUUGUUGUCAUACCUGGAAAAUGCCGUUAUACAACUUUGCACGACCCAAUAAAAACGAGAUUCAGUUUC